AAACACAUCCCGCAGCAACCCCGGUUGGCCUUCGUGGAAUGAAACAUUCAGGGACUCGAGGCGGAACGUGAUCGUGGUCGUGUACAGUUUAUGGUUUAGGCAGGUUUGGAGUGGCGACACAGCGAGAGGACCGUGAACGCACCUUGCAUCGCAGCAGCAGAGAUGGGGGGUCAGAACAGCAGCAGCAGUCGAGCUCCUAGCUGUCAAGCAGGCGUAGAGGGCAGCUAACCACGCUAUAAUAAACCUUGGAAGACAAUGGAGAGGCAGCAUCAAGGUGGUUUGCAGAGCGAUACUUCAUGAUGAAUAAGUCGUCUGUCCCUAGCCAUAUUUGCUGAUGCUUUCUUGGCAUCAUAAAGGUAACAAAGCUCUGGUAUGGAUUGGACUGGAAAGGAAAAAUGUGGAUCGGUGCAUCCCUGUCUGUCCCCCCAAGGAAAAUCCAAAGAAAAAGCAAAAGGCACAUGUGGAGAUUACACGCACGGACCGCUUGCCUACAAUUAUACGCACCACCGCUACGAUCCCAACGUUCACAUCUACCCGCGUCCCGAACCGUAUGGAGACCUCCCCUGCCCACCUCUGCUCUUCCACCCGAGGGCGAAGGGCACGCAGAUCCUCAUAGACCCCUCGCAGAAGAUCGUCAGGAGGAAGGCCAGCUUCUGUGACGCCAUCGUCUUCAGCAGCAGACCCGUCACGGUCAACGAGGUGGUCCGACUUGAGAUCACAGACAGCCAGCGCUCCUGGCAGGGCGCGCUACGCGUCGGCUUCACAACGACGGACCCGUCCGAGAUAAACCCAGAAAUGUUGCCCAAGUAUUCGUGUCCCGAUCUGGCUGCGAAGCCCGGCUUCUGGGUGAAAGCCCUGCCAGAAGAGCUGCUGUACGCGGGGAAUGUCAUCUCCUUCUGGGUGAACAAGAAGGGCCGUGUGUUCUACCAGGCUUACAACAGCAACCCCAAGCGGUUGUUCAGCCAUGUCGACACCUGGAAUCUCCUGUGGGUUCUCAUCGACGUCUACGGACAGACCAAAGGAGUCCAGCUUCUUGACAGCGAGGUGGUACCGCAGGACUUCGGGACUCUCAGCAUCAGACGCAAAUCGGUCCAGCAGAGGAAGCGCGGUGCCCCCCUCCCCCUCAGCCUGUUUGGAGAGGAGCACCUUCAGGAAUGCUGCGAGGAACACGGUGGCCAUCAUCAUCAUCAUCAUGAUCAUCAUCACUCCUUUGACCACCUCCAAUGGCGCCAACACUCUCAAAGCGAGCCUCGGCGCUCGCGGCUCCCCGACGACCUGGACACCGGCCUGCACGUGCACCCGGUCCACAGCGCGCACGUGCACCUGCCGGACCCUCACACGGCCAUGCCGCUGCCGCACGCUGGCAGAGAGGGGGCCGUGGUCUUCACCAGCCGGCCUCUGGAGUGCUGGGAGAGCGUCCACGCAAUGGUGCGCACCAGCGGCCCGGCCUCCCUGUCCUACGGCGUGACGUCCUGCGACCCGUCCACGCUGAAGCCUGGGGACCUGCCGUCCAACUUGGACUCGCUGGUGGACCGCAAGGAGUUCUGGGCGCUGGACAAGGUGUCGGUGCCUCUGCACAAUGACGACGUCCUGAGCUUUGCUGUGACCGAGGAAGGGGAGGUGAUGAUGGGCCACAAUGGCGUCAGUGUGGGGGUGCAGCUGUGCGUGGACAACUCCAAGCCACUCUGGAUCUUUUUUGGUCUCCAUAGCAACAUCUCCCAACUGAAGAUAUUAGGCUCAUCUCUCGACUCUGAUGUCCAACACGGGGGAAACACUUUACCACCCAAACUCCACAUGGUCCACGAGAAGCACCGCAGCCUUCCUUCACCCACAGGCUCGUCUCUCCAAAGUUUGUCACCCCCGAGCUCGCCAUCGUGGUCACGCAGCAGCGUGAUCUCCAGCAACGAGUUCAACCUGAACACCGUCUACGACAACCUGCACAACGCCCGCUCCUCCCAACCGUCAGCAUCCGCAGACGCGGAGCCGACGUCCCCCCCCUACGUUGCGGAGGCGCCGUCCUCGGCGCCGGUGUCUGAGGAAUGCGCCAUUUGCUACGACAACACGGUGGACACGGUGCUGUACGCCUGCGGUCACAUGUGUCUGUGCUACACGUGCGCGUUCAAACUGAAGAAGGACAACUCGCCGUGUCCCAUCUGCCGCAAGAAGAUCAGAGACAUCAUCAAGACCUUCCGCAGUUCCUAAAGCCACUGGGCGAGGAGCUCUUGGUAGCCUUCCGCUGGACGAGUGUGCACGGUGGAACGGUACCUAAAAAGGGGUGGAGCCGGGAAGACGGCAUCGGCCAUAGUUGUCCUUGGUUUACCGUAGCUUGGACGACACCUUCUUUACGUAGCAGACGUGCUGCUCGAUGAAGUCACGCACUUUCACUUCUUUUCGCCACCUCAAGGUCAGGGAUGAUGAGUGUAAAUGUACCAACGAAAAUAUCAUCUAGAACACAACAUCACAGAUGGUGCUGCUUUUUUAAAGGACUUCUCCUGCACUGCCAUUCCACCCGAGCGGGACACGCCACAGCGUGGCAAGGUGAUCGUGUUAUGUCGCCGUGUUAGCGCUAGCAGUAAAGUGUCCUUCAUGACAAAAGCACAUGGAAGUCAUAUUACGUGAAAGAAUAUUACUAUAUUUUCUUCUACAUUUACUACUUGUUUCUCUGCAAUUUAGGACUUUUUAUACCUACAUUUUGGACUAUUUUUGUAAAUUUGACUUUUUUCUCGUAAAUUGUCACUUUUUUCUUUAAAUUGACUAAAUUUGUUCUUGGAAAUUUCUGACUUUAUUCUCGUAAAUUUAUGGGGAAAAGUGUAAAUGUGGGAGAAUCAAGUUGUACAUUUCAAUUUAUUGAAGGUAAUGUUACCACUUUUUUAUGGUAAAUUCUUCUUGUAAAUUUCCAUCUUUUAAAAUGGAGUGAAAAAAUAAUAAGCUGAGAUUUUGAGAAAGUUGUAAAUUUACAAGAAAAAAAGUCAUAAAACCCAAAGCCAAAGGUCCCAUAAGUCCCACUUUUCAUAGCUGUCUCAGACAAAGCCUGCUAGACGGAGCAUUAAAAUCAUCUCAGAUUUCCAAAAUAAAGUUGUACAUUUAGGAGAAUAAACUGGUAAGUUUAUGUAACAGGCAUUGCCUGAGACAGCUAUGAGAAGGGGACUUUUGGGGACCUUUGGCCUUGGCAUGAGGAUGGGGCGGGGUAAGGCCAUGCUAAUGUGUUUGUGCUCAACUGCUGUGUUUUGCUGCCACGUUAUAAAUAAA